AUGUCAGCAGUCACUUCUGCGUUCGCUAAGCUGAAUCCGUUCGACAAGAAGAAACAUUCUCACCACAAAAUAGACGACGAGGAUGUCGGUGAGCGUGUCGAUCAAGGGACUGUAGCCGGUGGUGGCCAUGCUAGUCGUCAGUCAGCGGUAACGAGCCAUUUGCGCGUCAGCCACGCUUUGCGCUCUUUCAUCGUUGCCAAUCAUAUACUGAGCGAGGAAGAGGCAGGCUUGGACAACCUUGACGAGACGACCCAUGCACUCAAAUCAUUGCUGAACAAGCCACACAUCGAAGUGCCACGUGAGCUCACUGAUCGGUCGCACCCGCUGCCAGACUAUUUCAUCAGCUCUAGUCACAAUACUUACCUUCUGGCUCACCAACUGUACGGAUCUGCAUCUGCGACGGCGUACGAGACCGCACUCAAGGCUGGCGCUCGCUGUGUCGAGAUCGAUGCCUGGGAUUCUGACAACAAGGAAGAACCCAAGGUCACUCAUGGCUAUACGCUGACGUCGCACAUUCCCUUCCGGCAGGUCUGUGAGACUAUCCGCGAUGUUAUCGACCAAGAAGCCAAGGAGGCGAUCGACGAGCAGGGCUACAGAGCAGCGCCAAUCCUGAUCUCCCUCGAAAACCACUGCGAUGCGCAUGGACAGACCCGCCUUGCCGCCAUCCUAAGAGAAGUCUUCGGCGACCGACUUCUGACGAAAGCCAUCCGCGAAAAAGGCACACACGACCAGGAGGCACCGAUUACCGUCAUCGUCGAAUACCACUUUCCCGAUGAGCCCGACAGUAGUGAUGAAUCGGACACCUCGGAAAGCGAAGACGAGACCGAGAAGAAGGCUCGGCAUGACUACAAAGCCCAAAAGAGAGAGACUAAAGAGGCCGUACCCGCCGUCAUAGUGCCGGAACUCGCCGAGUUAGGCGUUUACGCUCAAUCCUGCAAGCCGCCCAACAACGCCUGGUUCGAGAAAGGCGUUCUCGAACACUCGCCGCACCACCCUCUGAUCAACGUCUCGGAAACCGGCCUCGCCUCUCACAUGCCCGCUCACAACACCCUCAUCGCCCGCCACAACGCCAAUCACCUCAUGCGCGUCUAUCCCAAAGGGACACGCAUCUCCAGCCGCAACCUCAAGCCCGUACCCUUCUGGGCUGUCGGUGCUCAGAUCUGCGCCAUGAACUGGCAGACCUUCGGCGCCAGCAUGCAGCUCAACGAGGCGCUCUUCGCCGGCACCGAAGGCUUCGUCCUCAAGCCACGCUUCCUCCGCCUGGACCAAUCCGGCAGCGGCGAACUGUAUCACACCCCUACCAAGUCCCGCCAUAAGAUGAAGCUCCGGCUUCACAUCGCAGGCGCAACAGACAUCCCUGUGCCCCAAGACAAAGCCGCCGACAUGAAGCCCUACCUCACCUGCACUCUCGUCCAUGCCACCAGCGGCGAUGAGCCAGCCAAACGCAAGACUGCGGCGUACAAGCAGCACAAGGUCACUGGCUUCCUGCACAAGGGGGAGAACCCGCCUGUAACAGAGCCCGUGUGGGAUGAGAUCCUGGAAUGGGACUUACCAACCGAUAAUGGCGAUCCAGACCAUGAGCUGGUCUUCUUGAGAAUGCUAAUCAAGUCGGACGACAGCUUUGCGCGGAAUCCCAUCUAUGCAGUCAGCUGCGUACGGCUAUGCACGGUCAGGCAGGCGGACUGGGUAUUUGUCAGGAUGUUGGAUUUGAAGGGGCAGGAGACGGGAUGUGCGGUGUUGGUAAGGCUUGAUGUUGUUAGUCUAGGGCAUUUGGACUAG